AUGAUUUUCAUAUACGAACCAUGUGAAUUGAUGGAAAUUGUGUUGAGAAAGGUGAAUGAAAGUAAAAUGAUGGAAUUUCACAAAAUUCUAUUCGCACUCUCAGUAUUACAACAAGAAGACAUUCCUGAACUAGCUCCAUUGAGUGUGAAAUUGAGUAGUAAUGAUUCGAAUCAGCCAAUUUCGUAUGGAAAAUUAUUCCUCUUAAUGAUGAAUGACAAAUUGAAAUAUUGUGAAAUUUCCAAUACUUUUGAAACUAUUCGAUUUGAUUCGUUUCCAAAAUUCAAACCUCAAAAAACUAAACUCUCUCCAGCCAAUGAUAUUUUCAAAUUAUGUGAAAAUCCUCCAUACGGAAUCAAAAAUAAGAAUUCACUCAAUUUGACAAAAAUAAGAAGUGACAUUUAUGGAGAUUACAAAAGUUUGGAAUCGUAUAAUUGGGAAUCUCAUUUGGAAACUGAAUGGAGUUCAUUUUGGGAAGCAGGUAAAGAAUGGUGGGGAACCUAUGCACAUUCUUCCUACUUUCCUAUUCGAAACCUUUUCAUUAUUGCAUUUGCCUCAACCACUGACUAA